CCGAAUGCUCAUUGAUUUCUUCAAACUUCAGUUUUUCUGACUGCUUCCCAAUUUUAUUCUGUACCAAUCAGCGAUCACAACAAUCUUUAGUGAUUGCUUGAAGAAAGUGUGCUUUAGUGCCCAUAUAUAUGCAUUCCACUCGACCAACCCACUCAUCUCACCUCUAUAUGGCGGACAAGACGGUUUGUCUGGUUGGACUACUUGUUGCGGUUUUGUUAUGUUGGUUUCCUCCAAUGGCAUAUGCCCAGAUUACUGAUCCACAAGAAGUUGCCGCCUUACUGGCAGUUCGUACUUACCUCAAUGAUCCCUACAAGAAUCUGAAUUGGACCAAGAAGCAUGAUCCUUGUGCCUCCAAUUGGACAGGGGUCAUAUGCUACUUAGAUACUACUGAUGGUUAUAUGCAUGUUAAAGAAUUGCGCUUACUUAGAUUGAACCUGUCUGGAACAUUAGCUCCAGAGCUUGGCCAGCUCCCCCAUAUGAAAAUAUUGGACUUCUUGUGGAACCACAUAAGUGGAAGCAUACCGAAGGAGAUUGGCAAUAUUACUGCACUUGAGUUCCUGCUUUUGAGUGGAAAUCAAAUAUCAGGUUCUCUACCGGAUGAACUUGGUUAUCUUCCCAACUUGAAUAAAUUUCAGUUGGACCUGAACAUGAUAUCAGGACCAAUUCCCAAAUCAUUUGCAAACUUACCCAAAGUUCAGCAUUUCCACAUGAAUAACAAUAGAUUCAGUGGUCAGAUUCCGCCUGAGCUUUCUACCCUUCCUUUACUUAAACACUUCCUUCUUGACAACAACAAUCUGUCCGGGUAUCUUCCACCACAGCUCUCACAAAUGCGUAGCUUGACAAUUCUUCAACUGGACAACAAUAACUUCUUUGGGAGUGUGAUUCCAGAUUCUUACAGCCAGAUGCCCAAGCUCUUGAAACUGAGCCUAAGGAACUGCAGCCUGCAGGGAAGAAUACCUGAUCUAAGUGGAAUACAAGGCCUUCUUUACUUGGAUCUCAGCAUGAAUCAACUUUCCGGGGAGAUAACCUCAAAUAGACUAUCUGAAAAUAUCACAACCAUCGUGCUAUCAAACAAUAAGCUCAAUGGGUCCAUUCCUUCCAACUAUUCUGGACUCCCUCAUCUCCAGAAAUUGUAUUUGGACCACAACUUGUUGAGCGGAUAUGUACCAUCUACCAUUUGGGAGAAUAUAACCUUCACUCCAGACACAAAAGUUGAUAUAAAUUUUGAAGAUAAUUUACUUUCUGAUAUUUCAGGCAUCCUUGACAUUCCGCCAAAUGUGACAUUAAAGCUCAAUGGAAAUCCUGUUUGUACAAAUGCAAUUCAACGCAACAUCAGCCUACUUUGCUUACCAGAUAAUGGAAAUGAAGUAACACCAGACAACCUGAACAAGCCAGUUUCAACUUGUCCACCUCAAUCUUGUCCAAUCUGGAAUUACUUUGAAUAUGUCCCCACUUUACCAAAUACAUGCUUUUGUGCAGCACCUUUCGGUGUUGGACUACGACUCAGAAGUCCUAGCAUAUCCAAUUUUCUUCCUUAUCGUGCUCAAUUUGAUCAGUUCAUAACAUCAAAUGUGUAUGUAAAGCCAAAUGUUCACUUGAAUCUCUACCAGCUUUAUGUUGACUCAAUUGAGUGGGAACCUGGUCCAAGGCUAAGGAUGUUUCUGCUCUUCUUUCCUGAAUAUACCAAUAAUUCUAAUACCUUCAAUGCAAGUGUAAUUCAAGCAAUUGCAGACACAUUUGCUCGCUUCACCAUACCUGGAAGCGAUAUAUUUGGCCCUUAUGAUCUUCUCAAUUUUACUGCACAGGGACCGUAUUCAAAUGUAUUACUUCCAUCAUUAAGCAAUCAUGGCCUUAGCAAAGGUGCAGUGGCUGGAAUUAUACUCGGAUCUAUCUCCUGUGCCAUUGUCAUAGUUAUGAGCCUUCUGCUUUUCUUUCAGAAAAUUCGUCAAAGGUCGCAAGCCAAAGUUGUCAAAGAUCAAUCACGUUCUUUGGCAGUUCCAAAAGUUUCCAUGAAAAUGGACGGAGUGAAGCCAUUCAGUUUUGCGGAAUUGCAAAUGGCAACGAGCGGUUUCAAGAUUACUACUCAAAUUGGCCAAGGAGGGUAUGGAAAAGUCUAUAAAGGAACUUUAGCAGAUGGUGUGGUUGUGGCUAUAAAGCGUGCACAACAAGGUUCUUUACAGGGUGACAAAGAGUUUUAUACGGAGAUUGAAAUGCUGUCACGCUUACAUCAUCGUAAUUUGGUAUCACUAGUUGGGUAUUGUGAUGAAAAAGAUGAACAGAUGUUAGUUUACGAGUUCAUGCCUAAUGGCUCAUUGCAUGACCUCCUUUCUGCCAAAUACACAGGACCUUUAAAUUUCGCAACAAGGUUGCAUGUGGCCUUAGGUGCAGCCAGGGGCAUUCUUUACCUCCAUACUGAAGCUGAUCCACCAAUCAUUCACCGUGAUAUCAAGGCAAAUAACAUACUUUUGGACUCCAAAUGGACUGCCAAAGUAUCUGAUUUUGGAAUCUCAAGACUCGCACCAGUAUCAGAUGCAAAAGGAGUUGCAACUGCACAUGUAUCCACCAACGUUAAAGGAACACCAGGGUAUGUGGAUCCAGAAUAUUUCUUGACCCACAAGUUAACAGAGAAAAGUGAUGUUUAUAGCCUUGGAAUUGUAUUUCUGGAGCUCUUAACAGGAAUGCAGCCAAUAUCUCAUGGAAAAAACAUUGUGAGAGAGGUGAACACAGCGUGCCAAUCUGGGAUGAUGUUUUCCAUCAUAGACAGGAGCAUGGGAGUGUACCCUUCCGACAGUGUCAAGAAAUUCAUGGCUUUAGCUCUCAGGUGCUCUUUGGAUGAGACCAAUGAUAGGCCUUCCAUGUUGGAAGUUGUCAGGGAGCUGGAAAAUAUAUCAUCAAUGGUCCCCGAAUAUGACCACACAGUUUUGGAUAUGUCGAGCUCUGGAACCUCAGUUGCAUCAGCUCCAUCCUCAUCUGUCUAUGAUAGGAGGAGCACUUACCUUACCAUAGAUCUCCCUGGAACUGACCUUGUUAGUGGUGUCAUCCCUACCAUGAGGCCCCGUUGAUGAUCCGACCAAAUUUGCCGUCUGUGAUUUUACUAGUACUUGAUUGGAACCACUGUGUAAAAUAAAAUAGCCCCCUCGUUUUGAAUGAUGUGUUGUUUGCAUUUGAUGGCAUGAAUUGAUUUAAAUGUUAAAAGUAGAGAGAAAAAUAAUAAAGGAG